AUGAGCGCACCAACAGGACUGAUUAGAUCUGGUCAUGCUGCUUCCAUCCUGCCAUCGGUUGUGUCUCCCGCCUCGGCACCUGCUCCCGCCCUGUGCCUCCUCUCCACGUUCCUGCUCGCUUCUCUACCUGCCUGCCCGCCUACCUGCUUCCCCGCUCGCUUGCUUCCCGUUUUCCCUUCCUGCUUGCCCGCUCGCUUGCCUGCCCGCUCUCCUGCCUGCUUGCCUGCCUGCUCGCUUGGCCGCUUGUCUGCCCGCUUAACUGCCUGCCUGGCUGCAUCCAGGCUGGUGACGGAUAGGGAGAGCGGCAAGCCCAAGGGGCUGGUGACAGACAGGGAGAGCGGCAAGCCCAAGGGGUACGGGUUCUGCGAGUACAGGGACGAGGAGACAGCACAGAGUGCCCGGAGGAACCUCAACGGAUACGACAUCAACGGCCGGCAGCUCAGGGUUGACUUUGCCGAGAGCGACAAGAGCGGCCAGCAAACGGGAAAAGGAGGACCCAGUGCUCCAGGAACCCAAGGAUACGGGUCCGCUCAACAGCAGCAGCAACAGGAACAGCAGCAUCCUGGCCGUUACCCCUACCAGCAUCAGCAGCAGCGCCGCUCCCCUCAACCAGACCCCUCAAUAUCCCAACAAUCGUGUCCGUCUCCCCCGUUAGAGUCACUCACUCAGCCCAUUGGGUUCCCCGCUGCGAUAGAAGCAGCUUUCUUUGUAGCACAAGCGCUGGGAGCGCCGCCACCAGUGGUGGUGAGAAAGCCGGGGACAGGAGACAUGGCAACGCCAGGAGGUGGGGAUGCUGAGUCAGCAGACCCGUUGACCAAUCAGCUCGCAGGGAUGUCCAAGCAGCAACUAUACGACCUGCUGGCUCAGAUGAAGGUGCUGAUUCAGACCAACCGGUCGCAAGCACGAGCCAUUCUGGUGGAGAACCCUCAGCUGGCCAAAGGCCUGUUUCAAGCCCAAGUGAUGCUAGGGAUGGUGAAGGCGACUGGCCCUGCAGCACCAGAAACGGCACCGCAGCCACCUCCAGCUGCCCCAUCUCAACAGAGGCCCCAAGGGGGUCCGCCACUCCCCCAAGGCCCCCCUCCCCCACACCAUGGGCGGCAGCAGGAGAUGAGGGGGAGAGGGGGUGGGUAUGGUCGGCCACACCCCUACCAGCAGGACCAAGGCCAGCCUCCAAUGGACCCCUACGGCCAGCCACAAUUCAUGGAUCAGGAGCCACCCCAGCAGCAGCAGCAAAUGCCCCCUCGCCCGCACUGGCAGCACCAACCGGUCCCCCCACACCGCCCCACUCCCCCCCUUCCCCCAGACGCCCCUAUGUAUCCCCUAGACGCGCCCCCGCUCCCCCCCCAUCCCCCCCCCGCGGCUGCCCCUGCAGCAGUGCCUGGGGGUGGGGGGGGCUACAUGGAAGGGCCGUCAGGGGGACCGUUGAGGGGAAUGGGGCGGGGGGCGAGAGGGGGGGAGAUGAGGGGAGGGGAGAUGGGGGGGAUGGGGGGUGGCGGGAUGAGAGGGAUGGGGGGCGGGCCUGGGUAUGGGCCAGGGGGAGGGGGAGGGGGAGGAGGUGGGGGAGGGUAUGGAAGGGGAGGGAUGCCAGAACCGCCACUGCCAUCACCAGCUGCUGCUCCUGCUGCUCCUGAGCCGGUAUUGGACGUGGAGCAACAGAAGGCCCUCCUGGCUCAGGUGAUGAGCCUAACACCUGAGCAGGUGAACGCGCUCCCACCUGACCAACGCGCCCAGGUGCUGCAGCUGCAGCAGGCGCUGGGCAGGUGA